AUAUACAAAGGUCAUUUAGCCGCAAUCGAUCUAACAGUUGAAUGACCCGCCGCCCCCAUAUGAUGUCAUAUCGCGGUCGGUGGAUGCCGGCCGGCUUACCAAUAAACACAGUCAGUUUAUUCUUGUAAAACACACAGAACGCGCGUGUUCAUUUUAGUUUGUUUUCGUCAAUUUAACCACUAAAUAUCGCUUAACAACUAACUAUUGUGUGUGGUAAAUUAUGUAUGACCUCAAUGCCUCAACUAAAUGCUAAUGGUUGAUUUGUAUACAAUGUAUGUUUGAAAAGAUGCAUACAUUACGAACCGGGACACUCGAAUGAUUAUCUGCAAUAAUGGCUGCGCUACGUUCCUCUUUAUUCGCCUUGCCCAAAAGAUUUAGGAGUCAACCAUGCCCCAGAAUAUUGUUGGUUCUACCGCCAGCUUUGGGCAAUCAAGGCAGCCGGCUGCUGCACUCGCAAGCCCUCAGUCAAAACCUGCAGUAUAUCAGCAAUGAGAAGGUCAAGCUCACUGCGGAUCCUACAACUAUGAAAUUGGACAAGGAGCCCAACAAACCUCUAUGUAUCAUCAUGAACUGGAUGCUGGCGCGGCCGCAGCACGUCCAGAAGUAUGCCUCGUUAUACCUGGAGCAAGGCUUCGACGUGGUCUCCGUGUCCUGCUCGCCGUGGCAGCUCAUGUGGCCCUUGAAGGGAUCACAGCUGGUCGGAGCAAGCCUCAUGAAGUUCAUGGCCGCGAACGGGCACGAGCCGCUGGUGCUGCACGGCUUCUCGGUCGGCGCCUACGUCUGGGCCGAGGCUCUCGUCUACGCGAUGAAGGAUAAGGAGAAAUACCAACCAGUCCUGGACCGAGUGCGCGCUCAAGUGUGGGACUCGGCGGCCGACAUCACCGAGAUUCCCGUCGGCUUCCCCUCCGCUGUGUUCCCGAAGAAUAUGUUCCUACAGAACGCCUUAAGGACCUAUACCAAAUACCACUUGAAGAAGUUCCACGACGCUGCGACGUCGCAUUACCUGCGUGCGUCAGAUCUCUUCCACAAGACCCCGUGUCGUGCGCCCGCGCUGUUCCUACUGUCCCGUAGUGACCCCGUAGGCGCCGAGCGAAGUAACCGCAGCGUGCACGAUAGCUGGGUCAACCUAGGCGUCAAGUGCACGUGGCACUGCUGGGAGCGCUCGCCGCACGUGCUGCACUACAACAAACACCAGCAAGAGUACCUCCAACUUCUGCACGACCAUUUGACUGCGCGGGAGUUGCUCGCGCACCCGGAUAAGAUGCGUGCGCGUGCCCCGGUCAUGACGUCAUGACCGGGCCUCGGGAGCAGUGGCAGUCACCAAUAGGAUUGCCAAUAAAAUUGGUAUUUAGGAUUAAUUCUGCCCUAUAGAAAUUAAAAUUAUUUAUAAAAUGCUGCGGUAGUGUGUACCGUGAUUUAAAAAGAAAAAAACAUUUGAUUCAGUCAUAUAGAAGCAGCCUCCACUUUUUUACUGAAUGUAUCAUAACAAAAAAAAAUGUCGCUGGCUCUGCUUCUAUGUGACUCAUUUAUUACAAAAUGGAUAUCACACAAAGACAACAAUACAUAGAAAUAUUUGUCGUGGCCUCGCCGCAGCAUAAUACCUUAGCGUAGAUGGACUAGAUAGAAAACUAAGAUGGAAAUAUGUAAAUCGGCCACUGCUCGUUAGUUUCAAGCAAAUAAGAGACGUCCACUGCUGGACAAAGAUAAAAUAGUGGGUUAUUAUACAGAUUUAUUCAGACAGCUUCAAUAUAGCUGGUUAAUGACGCCAUAAUUAUUCAUGUAAAUACAUUUUGUACUUAUUUAAUUGUUUUAUUAAAUAAACAAUAUUAU